CCCAUUUCUCCCUGGGUCCGUAGGUCCCACUUCCUCUUCUGUUUGUGUUAACGGACUCAAACUUUAAAAGGGUGCUGCUGCUGCUGCUGCUGCUGCUGCUUCCACUGGAGUUCAUCGUUGGGCGCAACAAGUAAGCAGAUACUAGCAGCAACAUGGACACAAAGAGCGCUGUUGCUAAUGCAGGCGUGAUGAUUGUACACAACAUCCAUGAAGGAAAGCACUACUAUGAAGUUGAAAAUGUGGUGAAGUACAAAAAAAGGGGUCAAGAAAAAAUGUUCGUCAGGAAAGGAGACAAGCUUAUGCAGAUAAACAACACCGACCUGCAGGACUUGAAGCCUGAGGAGUUGGCACAAACGUUGGCGAACGGUAAUGCCAUGCUGACUGUGCACAAGGCAGGCAAACUAAGGAAUCACACUGUGCAUCAGACCCCAGAUGAGGACGCCUUACAACCCGUCUCCAGGGAAUCCACGGUGCUGAACUUUUGCUGGGAGAUGAAAAGGGAGGAAGACUUGGAGGCUGAGCCGGACAAAAACGAGACGGGGGUCACAGAAGAAAACAUUUGCGAGGUCACAGAGGAGGAGAGCGGCGAGGGGAGCGAUCUCCUUGUCAUCAAGAUGACGAAAACCAGCAUCGCUGUGGUGAGCGGCAGGGGCUGCGACCGCGUAACCCCCUGUCAGGGCUGCCACAACACGGGAUGUACCUUGAACGACGUUGUCAUGGUGGCAGAAUCCAGCACGGUGACUCUCAUUCCACGUGGCGGCGGCGGCGGCAGUCUAAAACAGGAAAAGCUGUCGAACGUUUUGAUCGAACACGUGGCCUCGCACCAUUACAUCAGAGGAAUCUGUUCACAGAAGACUCUCUACGCUUCACCCAACCCAGAGAGGAUCACCAUCUACUACUACAAGUCCAACGUCAUGGAGAUGGACGUCGGAAUGCCAGUGGUCCUAAACAUCACUGGCUCCAACUGCUUCCUCCACUGCAGCAAGGAUGGAGACAAAGUGCUCUUACAAAUGGAGACAUGCGAGAAGAGGAGGCUGCAGCGGAUCUCCAAGAGCGACAACACCGCCCUCUCCUACGUCUUCUACAUGAAGGCCGACCGGACAAAACAGCGAAGGUUCGAGUCAGCGCUGCACCGCGGGUGGUUCAUCAACGUGGUCGACACGGAGUGCGUGGCAAUGGCAAACCUGGACGGACAGGCGGAAGACCCGUCGUUCCUCUUCAUCAUCCGGAUGUGAUUUUCAUUGUCUUCAGACUCGCAGUUCUCUUGUAAAUAACGUUUGACAUGUAAAGUUCUGCCAUUGCAGAAGUGCGUAGAUAUGUAUCAUACUUAUAUUUAGUUAAAAUGUGUGUGUGUCCCUGUUUUUGGAGCUUGUUUGCUUAAUAAAGUGGUGAUUUAUUUUUAA